ACGGGGCCGGGGGGCCGCUAGGCGCCCCGGCGCCGGUGGCUCUGCGCGGAUCAUGUAUUUCCUGAGCGGCUGGCCCAAGAGGCUGCUCUGCCCUCUGGGGAGCCCGGCUGAGGCGCCUUUCCACGUCCAGUCCGACCCGCAGAGGGCUUUCUUCGCGGUGCUGGCCCCGGCCCGCCUCAGCAUCUGGUACAGCCGACCUAGUGUGUUAAUUGUAACCUACAAGGAACCCACAAAAUCAUCUACUCAGUUUGGAUCCUACAAGCAAACUGAAUGGAGACCAGAUAGUACCAUGAUAGCUGUGUCAACGGCACAUGGCUACAUCUUGUUUUUUCAUAUUACAUCUGCAAGAGGGGAAAAGUACCUUUAUGAACCAGUAUAUCCCAAAGGAAGUCCGCAGAUGAAGGGGACACCCCAUUUCAAGGAAGAACAGUGUGCUCCUGCAUUAAAUUUAGAAAUGAGGAAAAUACUGGAUUUGCAAGCACCUGUUACGAGUUUGCAGUCUGUAUCAGAAGAUCUCCUAGUUGCUACUUCUGAUGGACUUCUUCAUCUUAUUCACUGGGAAGGAAUGACAAAUGGGAGGAAAGCCAUUAAUCUUUGCACAGUACCCUUUUCAGUAGACCUACAGUCAUCUAGAGUAGGUUCGUUUCUGGGCUUUGCAGAUGUGUACAUCAGAGACAUGGAAUAUUGUGCCACACUGGAUGGGUUUGCUGUUGUGUUUAAUGAUGGUAAAGUUGGAUUUAUUACACCAGUAUCAAGUAGAUUCACUGCAGAGCAGCUUCAUGGAGUUUGGCCACAAGAUGUUGUUGAUGGAACGUGUGUAGCAGUAAAUAACAAGUAUCGGUUAAUGGCAUUUGGUUGUGCAAGUGGUUCUGUGCAGGUUUAUACAAUAGAUAACACCACUGGAGCCAUGCUUCUAUCUCAUAAAUUAGAGCUAACAGCAAAACAGUAUCCUGACAUUUGGAAUAAAACAGGAGCUGUUAAAUUGGUCAGAUGGUCUCCUGACAAUAGUGUUGUAAUAGUUACCUGGGAAUAUGGAGGCCUUUCUUUAUGGAGCGUGUUUGGAGCCCAGCUGAUUUGUACACUUGGAGGAGAUUUUGCUUAUAGGUCUGAUGGCACCAAAAAAGAUCCUCUUAAGAUAAACUCUAUGAGCUGGGGUGCAGAAGGUUAUCACCUGUGGGUAAUCAGCGGAUUUGGUUCUCAACACAAUGAAAUUGAAUCUGACUUCAGGAGUAUAAUUAAGCAGCCCAGCAUUCUGCUGUUUCAGUUCAUUAAGAGUGUACUCACUGUAAACCCUUGUAUGAGUAACCAAGAGCAAGUAUUGCUUCAGGGGGAGGAUCGCUUGUAUUUGAACUGUGGAGAGGCCUCACAAACCCAGAAUCCCAGGAGUUCUUCAGCACACUCUCAGCACAAGCUUGGUCAGGACAGAAGCCCAUUCGCAGAUGGAGGAUUAGAGUCUCAGAGUUUAAGCACUUUACUUGGACAUCGGCAUUGGCAUGUUGUACAGAUUUCCAGCACCUAUCUAGAGAGCAAUUGGCCAAUACGGUUUUCAGCUAUUGAUUAUCUUGGACAGAAUAUUGCUGUCGUUGGCAAGUUUGGUUUUGCACAUUACUCGUUGCUCACCAAAAAAUGGAAGCUUUUUGGAAACAUUACUCAGGAACAAAAUAUGAUUGUGACAGGUGGCUUAGCCUGGUGGAAUGAUUUUAUGGUCCUUGCAUGUUAUAACAUGAGUGACCAUCAAGAAGAGCUCAGAGUAUACUUAAGAACAUCAAAUCUGGACAAUGCCUUUGCUCAUGUAACCAAAACACAAGCAGAAACAUUACUGCUCAGUGUCUUCCGGGACAUGAUAAUAGUAUUUAGAGCAGACUGUUCAAUAUGCCUUUAUAGUAUUGAAAGAAAAUCAGAUGGUCCAAAUACUACUGCUGGCAUUCAGGUUCUUCAGGAGGUCUCCAUGUCACGUUACAUUCCUCAUCCUUUCCUAGUAGUAUCUGUCACUCUGACAUCAGUGAGUACAGAGAAUGGAAUCACCUUGAAAAUGCCACAGCAGGCUCGUGAUGCAGAGAGCAUUAUGCUAAACCUUGCAGGACAGCUCAUUAUGAUGCAGAGGGACAGGUCAGGCCCGCAGAUCCGGGAGAAGGACAGCAACCCGAACCAAAGGAAACUUCUGCCCUUCUGUCCUCCUGUUGUGCUGGCCCAGUCUGUGGAAAAUGUCUGGACUACGUGUCGAGCAAAUAAGCAGAAACGGCACCUUCUGGAGGCCCUCUGGCUGAGCUGUGGUGGUGCAGGCAUGAAAGUUUGGCUGCCUCUCUUCCCUAGGGACCACCGCAAGCCCCAUUCCUUCUUGUCCCAGCGGAUCAUGCUGCCUUUCCACAUCAAUAUUUAUCCACUGGCUGUUCUGUUUGAAGAUGCGUUAGUCCUUGGUGCUGUCAAUGACACUUUGCCCUAUGAUUCUUUGUAUACCCGGAACAGUGCAAGGGAACAGCUGGAGGUGUACUUCCCUUUCUGUGUUGUGGAGAGAACCUCUCAGAUCUACCUCCACCACAUUCUCCGUCAGCUUCUGGUCAGGAACCUUGGGGAGCAAGCCUUGCUCUUGGCUCAGUCCUGUGCUGCGUUACCUUACUUUCCUCAUGUGCUAGAGCUCAUGCUCCAUGAAGUGCUGGAAGAAGAAGCUACCUCACGGGAACCCAUUCCCGACCCUCUGCUUCCCACUGUGGCAAAAUUUAUCACCGAGUUCCCCCUCUUCCUGCAGACAGUUGUUCAUUGUGCCAGGAAGACUGAAUAUGCCCUGUGGAAUUACCUUUUUGCAGCUGUUGGAAACCCCAAGGACUUAUUUGAGGAAUGUUUGAUGGCUCAGGAUUUGGACACAGCUGCCUCUUACCUUAUUAUCUUACAGAAUAUGGAAGUCCCAGCAGUAAGUAGGCAACAUGCCACCCUUCUAUUCAACACGGCACUGGAACAAGGCAAGUGGGACCUAUGUCGACACAUGAUUCGAUUUCUUAAAGCCAUUGGCUCUGGAGAAUCUGAGACGCCCCCAUCCACACCCACAGCUCAGGAACCCAGCUCGAGUGGUGGAUUUGAGUUCUUCAGGAAUCGGAGCAUCAGUUUAUCCCAGUCAGCUGAAAAUGUUCCUCCUAGUAAAUUCAGCUUACAAAAAACACUAAGUAUGCCAUCUGGUCCUUCUGGAAAAAGGUGGAGUAAAGACAGUGACUGUGCUGAGAACAUGUACAUUGACAUGAUGCUCUGGAGACAUGCUCGGCGCCUCUUAGAGGAUGUGCGAUUAAAAGACCUUGGCUGCUUUGCAGCCCAACUGGGCUUUGAACUAAUUAGUUGGCUGUGCAAGGAGCGUACUCGAGCUGCCCGAGUAGACAACUUUGUGGUAGCCCUGAAGAGACUCCACAAAGAUUUCCUGUGGCCAUUUCCCAUCAUCCCAGCCUCUUCUAUCAGUUCUCCUUUCAAAAAUGGGAAAUACCGAACAGUAGGAGAGCAGCUGUUAAAGUCUCAGUCAGCUGAACCUUUUUUAAACCUUGAGAUAGAUGCUGGCAUACCUAAUAUCCAACGAAGUCAAAGCUGGCUUGGCAACAUUGGCCCUACCCAUCAUGAGGUAGACACGGCCUCAUCCCAAGGACCACAAAUGCAAGAUGCCUUCCUGUCACCUUUAUCUAAUAAAGCAGGUGAUGAAUGCAGUAUUGGUUCAGCCACAGACUUGACUGAAAGUAGCUCCAUGGUGGAUGGGGACUGGACAAUGGUGGAUGAAAAUUUCUCCACACUCAGUUUGACUCAGUCUGAGCUAGAGCACAUCUCCAUGGAGCUGGCAAGUAAAGGGCCUCACAAGUCCCAAGUCCAGCUUCGGUAUUUACUGCAUAUCUUCAUGGAGGCAGGAUGUCUGGACUGGUGCAUUGUCAUAGGCCUGAUUCUUAGAGAAUCCUCAAUAAUCAACCAGAUUUUGGUUAUUACUCAGUCUUCAGAGGUAGAUGGAGAGAUGUUACAGAACAUAAAGACAGGGCUACAUGCCGUGGACCGAUGGGCCUCUACAGAUUGCCCUGGAUAUAAGCCAUUUUUAAACAUCAUUAAGCCACAACUGCAGAAGCUCAGUGAGAUAACAGAAGAGCAGGUUCAGCCUGAUGCCUUCCAGCCAGUCACAGCGGGUAAGACUCCUGAACAGACUAGCCCCCGGGCCGAGGAGAGCAGGAGCUCCUCCAGCCAUGGAAGCAUCCCCCAGGGCGAGCUCACGGGGACCAGUGUGGUCAGCCGCAAAGAGGAGGACAUGACUCGGGCACAGGAGGAAGAACCUUUUCAGGAUGGGACUUACGACUGUUCUGUGUCCUAACACAAUGUGGUGUCAUCAUGACAGGCAGUAUUAAUUAGUAGCAGCAUGCAACUGAGUACACUGUGACCUAGUUGGAUGAUUUAAAGGGGAAGAGAACCCAGCUAAGAGACUCUAUGGUAAAGUAUUAUUAGGUUUUAAAUAAGAAAUCUCUUUGACUCCAUAAAAAUGUGAUAUCAAAUAAAGCAUCUUUCUUAAAAAAAUUUCUUAAGCUGCAUUAGAAAGUAAUAAAACAUACUGUAGAUAUGUACAUAAGAAUAUUUUGGUUUUAUUCAAAGGUUGACAGCUCUUAAACCACAGGGAUUGUUUGGCCCGGGGUGAGCUUACUUUUUCACUACUUACAGCUUCUUAUAUGUUUUCUGGUAGAGUGUGUAUCCAGACUGCUUUUUACAAAAUAAAUGCUAAGGUGCUUGCGAUAGAUAGCUCAUCGGGUACUUGAGCUACCUUUUUGCUGCCUUGGACAGAGCUCACUGGACUCCCUAAUUGGACCUACUGAACAGAUGCCUACCCUGGCACAGUGAGGAUACUUCAAAAAGUUCAUGGAAAGCAGAGUUAAAAGGCAUUUAUUUUGGUGUAAAAUAUGCAGGAUCUUCAAAAAGUUCAUGAAGUUGAGUAUCAUAACAUAUUGGUGGAUUUUAAAAUUCUUUGCACCAAAAUAAACCUAUCUUUUAGUUCCAUUUUUCAUGAGCUGUUUUCAAGUACCCUCGAUGUGUCCGUGUGAGAGACAUUCUCCUUGGCUUUACCAGCCUGUUAAAUCCCAGUCCUGAAGCAGUGCAGGCUGUUGACCUGUGAGUUAAUGUGCCUGUCUGAGCAAGCUUUAUUCCUACUAGAUCAGUGUAGGCACAGGUCUGAGGGAUUCUUACCAAUUAUGCUGUCAGAUACCACUGAACUAUUUUGUAUCAAAGAACUGUCUCUUUUUUGUGAAUACUCUGGUGUAAAUAUACCCAAAGGCACUACUCAUAUUUUUAGUGCUUGUAUUAUAAUUUCUAAGGUUUUAUGCCGGAUUCUGCAUGACUAUACUCUUAACAAUGAAAACAGGGCUCGCUUUUCUUUUCAAAAAUGAGCUGUCUUCAUAAAGGAAGAAGGUGUAUUGGCUUGGUUGGUCAUAAAGUAACAAAAAUGGUCACAAUGAUCAUGAAAUGGAACAGAUUUUGUGCAAAUUAACGUAGUUUAUUAUUUAUUGCUUUUGUAAAUUGAAUAAAAAUGGAUUUUUAUGUAAAUAGACUGCUGAAUCCUGUAUUAUCACGGCUACUAAAAAUUAGUAUGUAAAGAAUGCAUUCUUCAUUGUAAACUUUAAAAGUAUUUUAUGUAUUUGUAGAUGACUUAAAUUUUAGUUUUAAUACAUUAUGAAAAGAGAACUGCAUAUUCCUUAAUUGCUUCAGACUAAACACAUAUCCACUGUAUGUAAUUCUAAUUACCUUAUUACAGUAUUAAUUUAGAUAGCUUGUUUGUACUGUGCAAUUUGAACAAGGAAUGCAAUGUUAUUUUUUACAAAAACAAACUUAUUUUUAUAAUAACAAUGUAUUUGAUAUGGACCAAAUUCGUACCACUAUGUAAAACAGCCUCUCUUCUCACAGUGCAAUUUAGUUUAGAAACAAAAUUUGGUCCUGUCCUGGCUUUUUAAAGUAAAUACCUAGGUUUGGUUGUGGUAGCCAGGUUUCCUUUGAAGAGAAACUCAAAACUAUUUUGAAUUGUUUAGCUCCAAAUUCAUCAAACUAUUCAAAAUUAUUGAGUUUGGGAAUUUACUGUCAUUUACUUUUUACAUUAGAAGUGCAAUAAUUUCACUUAAUAAAACUGAACAGAUGGAAUAUAUUUUUAUUGGUACCUGGUCCUUCUGGUGCUACUGUUAUUUAAGCCUGCUUCAAACCACCUUUUCCGGAAUCUUUAGAUAGAAAAUACUGGUUCCCCAAUGAGUACAUGCAGUCCGGCUAGAAAAUAAACUGAAAUUUCUUCUCCUGUCCUUCCUAGUCCAUUAGGGAGAAGAACCAGCAUUACUUUUGUGUUUGUUGUGAAUAUUCAGUCAAUAAAAAUGAUUUACCAUUAUAAACCCCUGUGAUGUUUUCAAGUAUCUAUCUAAAUGAACACUGUGCUGCCAAGUUGACACCCUUGAAAGCAGGGCACCAACAAGUUAACUUUAUUCCUGUGGUCUAGGCCUUGAAUGAAUCAUUUCCUCUACUAUUAAAAAACUGUUUUUCCAACUAAGAAAUAGGCCCAAGGCAAGAAAUUUGGUAAGUUUACAUUUUCUCUUUGAUAAUUCAUUUAUUAUAUACUUUAAUUUUAAAAACUCAUUUUUAUUUUGCUAUGUUGUUUGGUGCACAUAUCAACUGUUUAAAGCCAUAAUUUUAACCAAUGAAUUUAAAUAAUAACUAUUUGAAGUUUAGUAGAUUCCUGAGAAUUAUUUGCUGAUACCAAAAGAAAUCAUUUAGGGGUAGAGUCAACAUUUGCUUGUAAUUAAAUUUGUUGCUACUUCUGCAAUAUGUAUUUUUUUUUUUAACUUGGUAAAGGGCAAUAAAAACCGUUGCACAAACUUUUGUUUAUUUGUCAUCUCAGGUAACAGCAAAAGUAUGUAUUUAAGCCUCAAAAGUAUUUUAAUGUUAUAAUUCCACCUUUUAGGGUUUUCCUUAAGUAACUAGAAAUUCAGAGAUGUAUUUAAAUAUUAUAUAUCAAUGUAUAGUGGGAAAAUCAAGGUAGCUGAUAGAUGAAUAUUGGAAGAACAGAAGAAAGUAAUGACAUGGAAAAUGUUCAGAAUGUAAUUUUGUGAUAUAGAAUUUUGUUUGGUAAAGAUCAUAAUUUUCUGUCGGUGUGUAGUCAAGUAGGCAUCAUUUCUGAUAGGUGGGGUUAAAAGGGAGUUUGGCUUUUUCCCCUUAUAUUUCUGAAUCUGCUUUCUGCUUCUGGAUAUUUCAUAUAAAUAGAA